CCUGCCGACUUGCAAUAAGCAAGCGAGAGAGUUAUAUCUCUUCGGAGCCGGACUGCAAUUCAAAACCCUAAAAUCUAGAGGAACCCAUUCUCUCUCUCCCUCUCUAUCCGCGUCCAUGGGGAUGCUGUCGUGGUGGAAGGGCGGGCCCUCCUCUCCGCCGCCGGCGCCGGGGGCGGCGGCGCCGAACGCCCCCGCGAGCGGUCGAGGCGGGAAGCCCGACGGAGCGCCGGCGGCGGCGGAGGAGGUUCCGGGAUUGCACGGGGCGGUGGAGGUGCCGCGGCGGCCGGCGGACGUCACGGUGUUCGAGUUCGGGUCGGCGGCGGCGUCGGGCGACCGCGUGACGGUGGCCGGCUACUGCCCCGUCUCCGACGACCUCGAGCCCUGCCGCUGGGAGAUCCUCCCCGCCGCCGGCGACGACGCCCCCCAGUUCCGCAUCGUCUUCUGAUCGCAUUCGCCCCCUUCGGUAUCUCUCCGAUCUUCCUGUGAUGUUACUCCCAUCGAUUAUCGCCAUGUCUAGCUAUCUAUCGACCAUGCUAGUGUAAGAUGAUUGAGUGUUAAAGGAGUGGUUACUGGGUGCUAAUUAUUGUUUGGUUUUGUCGAAUUUGUGAUUUCUUGCAUGCAAUUCCUAUGUUUACUGCAGUGAGGGGAAACUGUUCUCUUUGUUUCCAUAAAAGAUAUCACGAUAUAAUUUCCGCAGUCCACUAGAAGAUGGAGGAGGAGUAGAUGUUUUCUUUUGUGUUCCAAAUCAUCUAUGUAAUGGUUGUUUAUUAAGAAUAAAAGAAUGAUGAAAGUGAUAGGUUGAGUCUUAA